UAGAAAAAACCCCUUUCUCAAGUCUUAACUGAAAAACAAAUGCAGCAGCUCUAGAAAACAAAAACAGCGAAAAAGAAAAAGAGAAGCGAAGGAAAAAAAACGCCGGGCAGUACGCAGGGUGCGCAGGGUAACCUGGUCUGUCCCCCGCCUUCAACUUUCUCCUCGACAAUCGAUGAAAACCCUAACCCUAGCCUCCUCCUACCGCAGAUGCACGUCUCGGAUCUCUCCUUCGAUCUCUCUCCGCUAUUGCAAUUCGUCCUCACCACUCUCGUCCUCGGCCUAGGGCUGCUUCACGUCAUCAAGGCCACGGCGUCUCGGUACCUCGUUGUUGACGCUAGAUUCGAGGGCGGCGACGGUCCCGUGGAUACUACCGUCGAUUGCAGGGCCGUGGCGCCGGGCGGGGCCCAGAUGUUGGGCGGCGGGGAUGCUGUUAAAUGCUUUGUUUGCGGGGGCUCGGCAACGAAGAUAUGCUCAGGAUGCAAGGCCGUCCGAUACUGCUCCACCACUUGCCAGUCGAAGCAUUGGAAAGAAGAUCAUAAAUUAAAAUGCAAGGAUCUCAAGUUUUCUAACAGUAUAGAUUCAAAAUCAUCUCUCAAUGGUGCCUAUGUAAGGAGGAGAGCCUUAGGGCAGGUGGAUGAUUUCAAUGCUGCAUUUCCAUUGAUCCCGGCCCGUGGAACUUGUAAGGUGCUACAACAAUCAAAGAAGGUUCUCUUCCCAUAUGAUGAAUUUGUGAAGCUUUUUAAUGGGGAGAAUCAAGGCUUCCCACCUUGUGGGCUUCUAAAUUGUGGAAACAGCUGCUUUGCCAAUGUGGUUUUACAAUGUCUUGCAUGCACUCGGCCGCUUGUUGCCUACUUGUUGGAGAAAGGCCACUCGAGAAAAUGCAACCGGAAUGAUUGGUGCUUCUUAUGUGAACUUGAAUUACAUAUUCAUAGAGUGAGCCAGAGCCUGCAUCCCUUCUCACCGAUCAACAUUCUUUCUCGGUUACCUAAUAUAGGUGGUAAUCUUGGCUAUGGAAAACAGGAGGAUGCUCAUGAAUUCAUGAGGUUUGCAAUUGACACAAUGCAGUCAGUUUUCCUUGAUGAAUUUGGGGGAGAAAAUGCCCUGGAUCAUAGCACCCAACAGACGACUCUUAUUCAACACAUAUUUGGUGGUCAUCUUCAAUCUCAGUUGCAGGUGAUAUGCACAGAAUGUGAUAACAUCUCAUAUUGUUAUGAGAAUAUGAUGGAUUUGACUGUUGAAAUUCAAGGGGAUGCUGCAUCUCUGGAAAACUGCCUUGAUCAAUUCACCAAAAAGGAAUGGCUUGAUGGGGAAAAUAUGUAUAAAUGUGACAGAUGCAAUGAUUAUGUCAAGGCAUGGAAACGUCUCACUGUUCAUCAGGCUCCAAACAUCCUCACCAUCGCUCUUAAGAGAUUUCAGAGUGGGCGGUUUGGAAAACUGAACAAAAGAGUCACCUUUCCUGAGACUUUAGACCUUGGUCCGUACAUGAGUGAAUCGGGAGAUGGCACUGAUCUAUACAGGCUCUAUGCUGUUGUUGUCCACGUGGACAUGCUGAAUGCUUCAUUUUUCGGCCAUUACAUUUGUUAUACUCAGGAUUUCUGUGGAAACUGGUACCGGAUCGACGACUGUAAGGUCAUGAAAGUUGAACUGGAGGAGGUACUUGCUCAAGGAGCUUAUAUGCUCUUAUAUAGCAGGAUAAAUGCACGGCAGCCCUGUGUGAAGCCCCAUGCACCUGCUGCGAAAGAGGAACAACCACCGGUGGAAGCGGCAAGAGAAGCAUGCCUAGGCUUAAGAGAUUCGGUUGGACGGUUUGACAAUGUGCAGUCUGGAAGCUCUGUUACCAUGCCAGGGUGCCCCUCUUCUGACAUUAGGCUGCAGCCAGGAGAAGAACUAGCGGACAGGGAUUUGGUUCAUCCAAUCAAUGUCGAUUCUGAUCCUGUGAGAGAAGACCAGGAGAAUGUGAGGUCGGUUUGUUCUCAAUCAAGUACUUCAAGUUUGACAGGUCCUGACGAUGCAGCCCCCAGUUGCAAUUCUCAUGAAGCAGCACAACUCCCGUCCAUUGAACUUAAGCAUGAGGAACCUGUUGAAUUGAUUUCGCACAGCGGCCAGUCUGCCAUUGGAUCUAAUGCAGUGGAAGCUCAAGAACCUGCUGCUAGUUCUGCAAAAGAUUGCCACCGCAAGGAAGAAAAUGAUAGUAGUGGUUGGAGUAUUGAAUUAGGCUCACCAGAGUCUUCACGGGGCUGCUCAUCUCCCAUGAAUAUGCCUGAAACAUCUGGUGUUUCUAGUGCUGAUUUGAACAAUUUGGUGGAAUCUGCAGAAGAUGCAAAUCUGGCCACCUCCCUUAGCCGUUCUAACCCAAGGUUGGAGCCAUCACUGAUAACCGGCAAUCCUUCAGUUUUGGGAACUGGAGUUACCCGGUCGGGGAAGGCCUUCAGGGCAACGGAGAAUGCGUCAGAAGUCAAAUCUUCAAUGCUGUUGGGAGACAAAACUACUUCUAAUUGUAAGCCGAAGCCGCUAUUUCGUCCUGGAUUCCUUGGCAAGCCUGUUGGGAAGAAGUCUGUGAGCAAGAAUGAGAAAGCCCAAAACAAAACUGCAGAGGCAGGUUCCUCCCAGAUGGUUUCUGGCAACUACAACAAUGCCUUCGCUGAGCCUGCUUGUGCUCGUCAAAAUGGUAGUGAGGUUAACGGCCAUGAUGAUGCGAGUCUGCAAAAAUUGGGUGGAAGCUGCAAAGGCCUUGUGGACUCCAAGAAGUUUGUGAUAUCUCCGGGCUCUAUUGACAAGCUAUCUGGGAAGAUGCCUUUGGAUGAGAGCGGGGAAUCGAAUGGUGAGACGGUUGUGGUUGGUCCCACCUACAAUACUGAUUGCAAUGGAACGUCCAGGCCUGAUUUAACUGAUCAAAACAGCGGUGAAGUUCAUAUCCAUGUUCUGAACAAUGACAAGAGAUCCGAAUUUUGCACUGGCAAGAUUGAAGCCAGCUGCAACAGAGCCGUGGACACUUCUAUCUUGAAUCAAAAUGGAAGUAGCAUUUGCAGGAAAGAUAAGAGACCUGUGAUAAUCUGUGAAAAUGGAGACAGCGUCAUUUUGGAUACCGGUCUUCAGAACAAGCUAUUGGGUGCUGAAGUAGCCCAAAAAGAACUGGAUGGAGUAGGCAGAGAUCCACCCUUGAAGACUGUCUGCAAUGGAUUUGCCGACUCUGUUUAUGCAACUGAUGGGAGUAAGAUCUGUAGCCGUGAUAUUGGACCUGGGGCUAGUCGGGAAAACCACAAAGACAUGCAUUUGAAUUGCAAGAGGCCGAGACAGGAGCAUGACUGAUCUGAAUUUCAACUGUUAAUAAUUAAAGGUGUCAUUCUUUGCAUAAAAAAAAGAAAAAAGAAAAAUUCAAUGGCGUAUGUUCGCAUGGUUCCACGUCGCGGAUUUGGGUCUUGUGGGUUUCAGUAUUUGUAGCAAUCCCAGAAGUUCCCACGCCAUGAUAGCCUGGUGCGUUGCGUUUGUGUAACUACUACUAUUUUGGAUUCCCUCUCUUACCUGUUAUUAUUUUUGCAGUAUAAUAAAAGAGUUACAUGUACCAGAGUCAAA